AUGGGCCGGAUCCUCGGUCACACCCAACGGCUGACCCGCGUCCGGCCACCGAAUCGGUUGGUUUCGGCCGAGGCUUCACGGCACGCCAAGACGUCCCUAAUCGGCUACACGAGCCAAUCGAUUUGGGCAGCUUUUAUCCUCUCCUCCCGAACAGACUUAUUUGGCCCCGCAACCCCCUUCUUCGGCCGAUUCGACGGCCCACGAAUGAUGGACAGAGAACAUGUGUUGCUGGGCCAUCCCGUGAAGGGUGGCAUUUUUGUCCGGUGGAUACGCGCGCGACCGAGGCAGGAAAGGUCAACUCGGCCCAUCAAGAAGCUCGCACCACCUCGACACCACAACGGCUGCGUGAUUGCGUCUGCAAUGGCGUCAAAGAUACCCUCAACUCGCACUACUCAUAAGUAA